CAGAAUAAAGAGAGCGAGAGAGAGAGAGACAGAAGAGAGACAUGGAUCACCUGCUGCUGCUGAUGAUGCUACUGCUCUGUAGCUCAGGACUCCAGGCUGAAGGAGAACACAACUCAACAGAGCCUGGUGUCAGGCUGGUGGGAGGAGAGAGUCGCUGUGCAGGAGACCUGGAGGUUAGGAUUAGGGUUCAGGGAGAAUGGAGACCAGUGGACUAUUCCUCUCCCUGGACCCUGCAGGAUGUAGGAGUCGCCUGCAGAGAGCUCGACUGUGGCUCUGCUGUUUCUGUGGGAGAGAGAAAGGAGUCCUCAAAGAGAUCUGCGUUGUACAUCACCUCUUACUGUAGUCAGCCUGUUCAGUCUGUAUCUGCUCUGAGGGAGUGUUUCGCAUCAUCUUCCUCUUCCUCCUUCCUGAAUCUCACCUGCUCAG